AUGGCUUCCAAACUCUCAUGCACGGACAUCCUUGGGCCGCCUGGCUCGGGCAAGGGCACUGUGUGUCAGAGGAGCGCCCAGAACUUUGGCCUGCAGCAUCUCUACAGUGGUCACUCCUUGCAGGAGAAUAUUAAGGCCAACACCAAAGUUGGUGACAUGGCAAAGCAGUACAGAGAGAAAGGUCUUUUGGUUCCAGAUCACGUGAUCACACACCUAAUGCUGUCGAAGUUGGAGAAUAGGCACAGCCAGCACUGGCUACUAGAUGGUUUUCCUAGGACAUUAGGACAAGCUGAAGCCCUGGACAAAAUCUGUGACCUGGAUCUAGUGAUCAUUUUGAACAUUCCAUCUGAAACACUUAAAGAUCGUCUCGGCCGACGCUGGAUUCAUCCUUCUAGCAGAAGGGAGUAUAACCUGGACUUCAGUCCACCUCACGUACACGGGAUUGAUGACAUUGCUGGUGAGCCAUCAGUCCAGCAGGAGGAUGACAAACCCGAAGCAGCUGCUGCCAGGCUCAGACAGUACAGGGAUAUGGCAAAGCCAGUCACUGAAUUAUGCAAGAGCCAAGGAGCGUGCUACCAAUGUUCUGGGACGGAGACUAACAAAAUGUGACCCUAUGUUUACACGCUUUUCUCAAACAAGAUCACACCUAUUCAGUCCAAGAAGUGUCCUGACCCUGCUGAAUGGAAGAAUCAGGAGGAUGUGGUCAUUCAUUCAAUCGUGUAUGUAGUGAUGGUGCUGCGUCCAAGCUAGAAGCUAGCCGAGAUAGCUUGAAGCAUCUUUUCUA